UUUUCUCUCUCUAUCUCUUGAAAAUUUUCUCUUUAGAGUUUGGAGUCUUUCUUCUUCCCCUUCAACUGUAGAACAAUCCAAUUUCUGGUUUUACCGUCGGCAAGGGGAACUCGAGUUCAGGAAUGGGUAUCCGGAGAACGGCGGGAGGCGGCGGCGGAGGGGUGGAUUUGCUGAGCGAAAGAGCGGCUAUGAUGAGGGAGGCAGUGCAGCAGAGCCAGUCCAUCACAGACAACAUGGUCUCAAUCUUGGGUUCCUUUGAUCACCGCCUUUCUGCCCUUGAAACCGCCAUGCGCCCAACUCAGAUAAGGACACAUGCUAUACGGAGGGCUCAUGAGAACAUUGACAAGACUUUGAAGGCUGCAGAUGUUAUUUUGGGCCAGUUUGAUCUUUAUCGACAGGCAGAGACUAAAAUCCUUAAAGGGCCACAUGAAGAUCUGGAAAGUUAUCUUAAGGCUAUCGAACAGUUAAGAAGUAAUGUUAAAUUUUUCAGCAACAACAAAAGCUUUAAGAGUAGUGAUGGAGUGCUCAGCCAUUCAAAUACUUUACUUGCCAAAGCUAUUUCCAAGCUUGAGGAGGAAUUUAAACAUCUCUUAUCAUCUUACAGCAAAGCUAUUGAACCUGAUCGUCUUUUUGAAUGCCUUCCAAAUUCACUGCGACCAUCAGCUGGGUCACCUGGAGAUCAGGCUAGUGGCAAAAACCCAUCAUCAAAUAGUCAUGCAGAACAUGAUAACAAUGGCACUGAAAAUGCUGUGUACACACCACCAACUCUUAUACCUCCAAGGGUUCUUCCAUUACUGCGUGAUUUAGCACAACAAAUGAUUCAAGCUGGUCACCAGCAGCAGUUAGUAAAAAUAUACAGGGAUGCCCGUUCUCCAGUUUUGGAAGAAAGCCUUCGCAAGUUGGGCGUUGAAAAACUUAGCAAGGAUGAUGUACAGAAGAUGCAAUGGGAAGUUUUGGAAGCUAAAAUUGGAAAUUGGAUUCAUUUUAUGCGAAUAGCUGUUAAAUUACUGUUUGCUGGUGAGCGUAAGGUUUGUGAUCAAAUAUUUGAAGGAUUUGAUUCCCUUAGAGAUCAAUGCUUUGCUGAAGUUACUAUGGGCAGUGUUGCUGUGCUGCUUAGUUUUGGUGAUGCAAUUGCCAAAAGCAAGAGGUCACCUGAGAAGUUGUUUGUGCUCCUAGACAUGUACGAGAUAAUGCGGGAGCUUCACUCAGAGAUUGAAGAACUUUUCCAGGGUAAAGCUUGCAAUGAAAUUAGAGAAUCUGCCUUUGGCCUGACAAAACGGCUUGCCCAGACAGCCCAAGAAACCUUCAGUGAUUUUGAAGAAGCUGUUGAAAAAGAUGCAACAAAAACUGCUGUUUCAGAUGGAACUGUCCAUCCAUUGACCAGCUAUGUGAUCAAUUACGUAAAGUUCCUAUUUGACUAUCAAUCAACAUUAAAGCAGCUAUUCCAAGAAUUUGAAAAUGGUGAGGAAUCAAAUUCUCAGCUAGCUUCCGUAACAAUGCGAAUAAUGCAGGCUCUUCAAACCAAUUUGGAUGGGAAAUCUAAGCAGUAUAAAGAUCUUUCUCUUACUCACUUGUUCCUUAUGAACAAUAUUCAUUAUAUGGUCAGAUCUGUUCGCAGGUCUGAAGCCAAGGAUCUGCUAGGGGAUGAUUGGGUGCAAAGACACCGGCGAAUUGUUCAACAGCAUGCAAAUCAAUAUAAGAGGAUUGCUUGGGCGAAGAUACUGCAAUGCUUAUCUAUCCAAGGCCUAACAUCAUCUGGGGGAAGUGGUUCAGUUGGGGGUGUAGAUGGACAAAACAGUAGCGGAGUUUCAAGAGCAAUUGUGAAAGACAGGUUGAGGAUAUUCAAUUCACAGUUUGAGGAGCUUCAUCAAAGACAAACUCAAUGGACAGUCCCGGACACAGAGUUGCGAGAGUCUCUGAGGCUUGCAGUUGCUGAAGUUUUGCUGCCUGCAUACAGAUCUUUCAUUAAGCGCUUUGGGCCUUUGGUCGAUAAUGGUAAGAACCCUCAGAAAUACAUCAGAUUCACGGCGGAAGAUCUUGAACACAUGCUUGGCGAAUUCUUUGAGGGUAAGACAGUGAAUGAUCCCAAACGCUAAGUUGAGGUGCAGAUACUGACAUUAAACGGUAAAUGAACUGUUUACUUAUGAGCAAGAUGGUCGUUGGCUCAUGGCAUCAUUCAGCUUUUUCUUCAUGGCUGCUCUACUGCGUAUAGAAUGACAUUUUUAUCAUUUAUUUUCAAAAAAUUUUUAGUGGUUGAUAGAGUUGUUGCUAUCUUCUUUGCUCCUCAUAAAUGCUCUUCUUUUGGUGGUAAAAUAUGUUAGUAAUAGAGUACAUUUGAAUGCUCUGAGUCUGAGGGUUUUAUUGUGCAAAGUGUAUUAUUAUGUUCAUAGUGCUUCUUGACUCCUAAUCUAAACAAUAAAAGUUGCUAAUUUUUCUUGUUCCAUCAA